UGUUGCCACAACAAGAAAUGCAAGGUUAAGUUUCGGUUUUUUAUUGGUCUAUAUUGUAAAUUUGGUACUUUUUAGUUAAAUAAAAAAAAUUAUAUAAGGUUUGUCAAUGAGAGACUCCUCUAAUUCUGAUUGUUGAAUUUAUACUAUUUGGUGUGAUAUCAAAAAUAUGGCAGCUGCUGCCGGGAUUGAACCUGACGAAAAGAAAGAUAUAAAAUCAAGUAGUUUUUCAAGUAGUGAAGAGGGAGAUGAACCAGAAGAGCCGAUUUCCAUUUUAUUUGUUGAAUUAGCCAGUGAGAAGAUUGUACCUGCAGAGUUACCGUUUGAUCGAUAUUUUGAGCUGUUCUACUAUCCGGAAAGUCCAAUUCUUAAAAGAUUGGGUAAACAUGCUGACCAAAUUACUAUGGUUGAGAAAAUGAGAGAUGCUGCACCUUUUAAUAUAUUUUACAACAGCUUAAAAGUAUGCGAAGGUACGGAGGAACAAUUAUAUUCCAUUAAAUUUACAGAUCUUUUAUGUCCCAGUUUUGGGAAAUUGAAAUGUUCAUUAUUAAUGACUUUUCACGUGGAUAUUGCAUGGUUAAUUGAACAAUAUGCUGCUAGAAAGCUACACCACACACCAAUAACUGUUCUCUAUGGCUUUGAGGAUGGUUGCACUGCUAAUCGAGAGGUAGUAAAAGAUUUAUAUCCUAAUAUUAAAUGCCACUAUAUAUCGGUAGGAAAUGAUUAUGGUUGUCAACAUACGAAAUGCUUUAUAUUUUUUUAUGAAGACGAUUCAUUGAGAAUUGUAAUAGGGUCUGCUAAUAUUUAUAGUCCAGAUUGGUGCAGAUAUAAUCAACAGUAAGUAUCAGUUACAUAUUAAUAUUAUCUAUUAUAUAAAAUUCUCGUGUUACACUUGUUACCUUACUCCUCCGAAACGGCUCUACCGAUUUUGAUGAAAUUUUAUAUGUAUAAUCAGUGGGUCUGAACAUAGGUUGUUAGCUAUUUUUUAUACCCCUAAGUGAUA